CAAAUUCACAAUCACAAUUUACAAUUUCACUACUAUUUAGUCAACGUUCACCACACACAUUUAUUUAACAUUAUUAUUAUUAUAGGAUGUGAUUUGUUUUGUACCAAUAGAAGUGUCAGUUAUAAAGCACAUUUGUAAAUAAUAACAGAAACAAUGUCUACAUCACUAGAAAAUCUGGAAACUCAACUCGAGAUGUUCAUCGAAAAUGUUCGACAGAUUCGUAUCAUUGUCAGCGAUUUCCAACCUCAGGGGCAGAGUGUAUUAAAUCAAAAAAUUCAAUCAUUGGUAACUGGUCUUCAAGAAGUGGAUAAGUUAAAGGCACAAGUACAAGAUAUUCUUGUUCCCACAGAAGUAUUUGACUACAUUGAUCAAGGCCGUAAUCCUCAACUAUAUACAAAAGAUUGUAUCGAUAAAGCUCUCGCGAAAAAUGAGGAAGUAAAAGGAAAAAUUGAUUCAUACAAGAGAUUUAAGAGUCACUUGCUCUCUGAACUAUCCAAAACAUUUCCUAAUGAAAUUGCUAAAUAUAAAGCCAUAAGGGGUGGUGAAUAAUUUAAAUUAAUAUUAUAUUUUUAGAAUUAAAAAAGAUAUUGUAAUUGUUGCUAUUAAAAAUAUUAUGCUCUAGUAACAUGUAUUUAAUAAAUUUAAAUUAUAUCACU